UCGCUCUUUACAUGUCUAAUUGCUUUUUACUUGCUAAUUCAAAAGCAACGUAUAUGGAAACUGAUAUUUUAUUUUGAAAUCCGGAUGACGACGUUUGAGCCGUGACUUCAUACUCGCUAAUGAUGUCAUCACAAACGUCCAAAUAAGAGCGCACUUUAAUUCCGAGGAGAGCUGGAUUUCACAGCGCAGAUGCGACUUCACCACAGUACAAAAGCCGGUAUGUUAGCAGCAGAUUUUCCGAGAAGACCCGAGGAAGGACAAUAACAGGACAGGACGUUAGCUUGGCAGGAGAAAAGCCUUCAGAAAAAUUUUAAAAGAUGAAGUCCAGAAAAGUUGAACCCCCCGAUGGCGGGUAUGGCUGGGUGGUGGUCAUGUCAGCCUUCUUCACCAUGGGCCUUACUGCUGCUGUUCUCAAAAACUUUGGACACUUCUUCAUUGAAAUCCAGAAUCACUUCGGAGUACAGGCCAGCACCACCUCUUGGGUGACCUCCACAACAAUUACUAUGCUUCAUCUAGGAGCUCCAGCAGCCAGUGCGAUGACCUUACAGUUUUCUCAGAGAGUAGUCAUCAUGCUCGGAGGCUUGCUGGCUACCUUAGGGAUGGUGCUGGCUUCACUGGACCUCAGUUUGCCCUGGCUCUACCUCACCAUGGGCAUCCUGCAAGGAACAGGUCUUUCCUUCUCCUGGAUCUCUGCCAACAGCAUGGUGAGCCACUACUUUGUACGAUGGCGUCCCAUUGCCUUCGCCAUCGCCAGUUCAGGUGAAUGCGUCUUUGCUGUUAUGUUCAGUCCGUUCUUCAAGUGGCUCAUUGACACCUACAGCUGGCAGGGUGCUUUGCUCAUCAUUGGAGGCCUUCAGCUGAACCUGUGUGUGUGUGGUGCACUCAUGAGACCCCUGGAGAAGACCACGAGUCCUGCACAGGACAACAAAGACAGUCUAGAUGCAACCACACUCCCAGCAAAGAGAAGGACCUUCUUCCAGUGCUCCCUCAUGAGAAAACCUGAAUUUUUUCUGUACAUCCUGUUUGCAAUAUUUUCGGCUGCAGGGUUUUUCAUCCCGCCUCUUUUUCUGGUCCCCUUUGCUAGCAGCUUGGGCAUGGAUAAGUACUGGCCUGCCAUGAUUCUUUCUGUUCUGGCUUUAGCUGACCUGGCAGGGAGGCUGAUUUGUGGGUGGAUCGCCAACAUGAGGCUGGUAAGAAACCUGCAACUGCUCACCAUGGUGGCCACUCUCCUUGGCGUAGUGCUCCUGCUGCUGCCCAUCAGCCAAAACUACUGGGCCGUUCUGGUGUUCGCCUCACUCUACGGCUUCCUGUUUGGCUGUGUGGUGGCAAUUCACGUCACAGCUAUUGUGGACAUUGUAACCCUGGAGGGAUUCGACAGUGGACUCGGGCUCUUUAUGCUUUUAAGGAGCAUUGGAGGCUUCACUGGUCCACCUGCUGCAGGCUGGCUGGUGGAUUACACAAACAACUACAGCGUCGCCUUCUACUUCUCGGGCGUCUGCCUGAUUGUGUCCGCAGCGUUUGUCGUCCUGGUCGACCGCCUGGUCCAUAGGAGGAGAGAAGCAGCGGAGUCUCAAGUUUAUUGUGCAAUCAACCAGCAGGAGGAUUGGGAAACAGCAAAAGCCGAGUCAGACACUGUCACAUAAAGGGAGAACCCAGCAGAGUUGUGGGGAGCAUACUGUUUUUUUAGGGGCACAUACUGAUAUCAGCUGAUAUUUUUCAUGUAUUUUUAUAUAUAAUCUAUAUUCACAUAUAGUGAUGUAGAAAGGUAAGUGCAUCACUUGCAAAUUUCAUUUCAUUUGAUCAACCAAGCAUGGAAUCCUCUAUGAAAGGAUCCCAACAGUUAAGCGUGGCAUACUUGAACACAAACACAAAGAAAAUCAGCUUUUUUAAAUUAUUUAUUCAAAAUAGAAAAUUAGUAGUUAUGUGUAGAGAAAGCACCAUCAGAAGCAGCACUCUUCUUCUUCCCAUCUGUUGCAUCAGCUCAAUGAAAUGUGAAAUUUUUCUUCUGUUCUGUUUUCUUCUGUUUCUUUAGUUUCAGGAUGUUUUACAGUUAGGGGUUUUUUGUGUGUCCUGCCUGUUUUGAGAUAUUCGUUGGUGUCCCUGUUGAGAAAUCUGCUUGCAGUUAAUCUGAUGGCCUCGCAUCAGACAAUUUGAUAUGAUGAGGUUUUCAGCUCAGUCAGCAGAGUCAGUGUGACAACAGCAUUUAUUGACAGGCAGCUUUCACAUUAGACAUCGCAAAAUUCUGACUAACUCAAACUUCUGUGUAAGACAAACUUUUGAGAUAAUAAUCCCAAACUUUGAGGUAAUUUUUCAGUGUUGCUUCUCAUGAGAAGCAGUCUUACAGUCCUACUGUUCACAGCUAAACAGACUUUAUCAUGCGUUGUAUGUUCAGUGGCAGACUAGUUUUUACUCUAUUUUACUAACACAACUUUUUUGCAGUCUAACAGCUGAAAUAGUUAACUGCAGAUACGCCGAUCGAUCGACCUACUUCAUCGUUAAUCUCAUUCUUUGGCCUGAAAGUCUUUGUCAGUUGUUUAGAUGUCGCAACCCAAACAGGUUCUGAUUGUUAGCACCUCAUCUGAAGCUGCUUAUUUAAAUUAUAUGCACUUGAAGAAGUGAGAUAACUGUAGCGAGGUCUCUGCAUUUUCAAUAUGAUUGAUCUGUUAUUAUAAAAAUGAGUACAAAAUAACUGCUUUGCCAUUUGCAGAUCAAAUGAGUGGUUACUCUACAUACAAAAAACCCCAGCUAUUUCCAGGGUAAAGUGCCUAUGUCUCAACACUUCAUGCAUGGUAGUCUUUGUGGACUUAAGUGCCAGGAAGACCGUUUUAUUUGUUAAAUGUUUGGUGUUCUGCCAGCAGAUAGGUGAUUUGACCUAGUUAAACAGGUUUUGUAUGCCCUGUGUGGCAUACAAAAAAAACUCUUAACAGAUUUGCAGACACAUCAGGGAACAGAUGUCACAAAAAGGAGCUGGAUUGUUUCAGCUUGAACUUUUGUGCAGUCACACAUUUUGUAAUCAGAAUUGUAUAACCCAUCGUUAAUGGGCUGCAAACUUGUGACACUAUAAUUAUCCAAAGUUAGCCCGGAGGACCACGUCAUCGGAGUAAAAAUAAAUACUUUGGUUUUUAAAAAUAAAACAAGCAGAAUUACCAAACUGAAACACUGCAGCUGUACGUCUGUAGCAGAUGUGAGGCAGGUCUUCAUCUGCAGAAGUGACUGAAAGUAGUUCCAGCAGACUAGAGUUUAAAUAACAAGGCUGAUGAUGUAUAUAUGGAGGAGGGGGGGGGGUUACUGAAGCAAAUCUCACAUGGUACCAAAUUACCCUUUAUAAUUCCAAUAACUACCUCAAGCAGUAUAUUAUUUAGUUAACAUUACACAAGCAGGAGUAAACUGUGUAUUUGCUGGAUGGGUUAAUACAGUAGACUUUAGAUCCUUCCUUAUAGCAAUAAGAAUGAAUAGUUUUUAUGCGGGGAGUGCUACACUAGAGUCCCCAUCUUUAUCAGGUCACCCAGGAAAGCAGUGUGGCUCAGUGAAAUGCUUUUAAGAGGAAGAAUCUAUUUUAAGAGGAAAAAUAAUUACAUCGGAGUCAUAAUUGUUGGUUUUGGGACCUUUAAUGCAGUUGAAAACAUAAUGAAAUAUAUAGAAUACCACCAGAGUUGUGUGACUGUAAUAUAGCAGGUAAAUUACUGAUAAAAGGACAUGAUUUUAUAUGGUUUGGACUUGAAUAUUUCUGAACCUGACCAAUAAGCUUUACACAAUUCAGGUAUAUUUCACCAAGUGUGCUUUCUGUGCUGUUGAAAGGCACAACAUAUGUAGUUUUUAGAACUUUCAUGACCCUUUUCUAACCAUAUGAGCUUUUCUUUAAUGUUUGUAAACAUGCAUUAUGGUUUUUUUUAGUGGUUUAAAAUCAACGAGCCUCAUUUCCGUCAAAUCACAAACGUAUUUUAUGGUGCAGUUUUUAUGGUAUAUGUAGUGAACUGUAAAUGUUCAGACUUGAAAAGAAGACGUGCAGCUACUGCAGCUAAUUAGCCGUCACAGUUCAUGGCUUCAGGUUACUUUUUUUUUUUAAGCACACACAUUUAUCUUUAGAUAUCUCGUGGGUACUUCUGGCUGCUCUUCUGUUUUCCCAGAGGAUUUGCCAAAAUAGAUGAUCCACGUGUUUGAUUUGGCACCGACUUUUACAUCCGAUGCCCUUUCCGACACAACCCUCCCAUUUAUCCAGGCUUGGGAUCGUCACUAGAAGUACACUAGUUUGUGACCCCCUGAGGCCGAGUUUGUGUUUCCUCUUGGUCUUAAGCUGUUUAUCUAAUAUGUGUGAGGUAAAUGGGGCAUUUAUGGGACAUUUAAAACUGCUACGGGAACUGUUAAGAAAUAAAUCUGUGUCCUCUUUUGUUAUCUAGAGUCUUGGUCAUUUGCAGAGUGUGUGGGCGGGGAUCUGUGGUAUGUGCUGUGCAAAUUACUCACGUUAUGUUAUGUAAUCAGCUUCUCAAACCAGCUUCAGCUGGUUUCAUAUGGCAAAACAUGUUCUGCUGGAGUUGAAACAGUUCAUAAAAGAAAAUAAGUUCGAGGUUGGGCAGUUUUAACAUGUUUAAACGUGUCAGUAUUUGUUCUAAGAAACUGAUCUUUAUAAUUUCAAGGACCAUUAAAAAAAAA